AUGCCGAAACGUGACAAAAGGCGCACAGCGCUGGUGCAACAAAACUUUGACAGCUUGAAGAGGUUCUAUGCAAUUUCGCCCUUUGUGGCUGCGGAGCGAGCGGCUCUCCCACCUGUUUACUCUGGGGCGUACAGUCGGCGUGCCGCGAUGAAUUGCUACCACAUUGUAGGCUCCUCACGGGAACAGAUUGUCUCGGACGCCAUGCGCACCUUCACCCCAUCCACAUGUACGACGGAGGUGAUGAAGUUAUACCUAGAGGUGGCAGCACUCGUGUCGCUUUACUUCGAUACGAAAGAGCAGCUGCUUGCGCUGCCAGAUGUUUGA